AUGAAUGCUGCUGGCAAAGCUGCGGGGAGGAGUGCAAAGAGCAGCAAGAGACGGAGACAACUGGUCUUGCUGGGAGGCGGACUCGUCAUCGGCGCAACAGCAGUCACAUUCAACGAAGAUGCCAGACACGUCUACAUAGCUGCACAGAGGAGUUACCGUGUGGUUUCGACACUGGUACUGAACAUCAGAGACUAUCGCCAUGUGCUCAAGCGCGACGACGAGCCGGAUUACAAUGAGCAACUCAAGGCGUGCCACCUUCGAUGCGCCAAACGCACGCUUCGCACGCUCGAGAAGAACGGGUCGAUAUUUGUCAAGUUGGGUCAACAUCUCAGCAGCAUGAACUACCUCCUCCCCAACGAAUGGUGUGAUACAUUUAUCCCAUUACAAGACAAGUGCCCGGUCUCGUCGUUCGAAUCGAUACAGGAAAUGUGCCGGCAAGAUACUGGUCUAGAGAUAUUUGAUUUCUUCUCCGAGUUCGAGGAGCAGCCCAUUGGCGCCGCGUCACUGGCUCAGGUACAUCGGGCGACGGUGCGCGAAACGGGGCAAAAAGUCGCAGUCAAAGUGCAGCAUCCUGCAUUGGACGAAUGGGCCAGGCUCGAUUUGGCGCUGACGAGCUUCUCCUUUGCCACGCUCAAGCGCUGGUUCCCCGAGUACGAUCUCACAUGGCUAUCCGACGAAAUGGAGCAAUCUCUCCCCAAAGAGCUGGAUUUCACCCUCGAGGGCAAGAACGCCAUGCGAGCACGCGAGUACUUUUCCCAUGUCCGGGACGUACCGGUUGUCAUACCCGAGGUGCUCUGGGCAAAGCGACGGCUGCUGGUCAUGGAAUACGUAUCUGGAUUCCGGACCGACGAUCUCAAGAGCCUGGAUGAGCAUGGCAUUGAUAGGGAUGAGGUAUCUGCGGCACUGGCACGUAUAUUCAACGAGAUGAUUUUCGGCAAGGACGCACCGCUGCAUUGCGAUCCCCACGGUGGAAACAUUGCUAUUCGGCACAAUCCCGCGCGAGGCGGCAAGAACAAUUUCGAUGUUAUUCUCUACGAUCACGGACUGUAUCGCGAUAUCCCCAUGCCCAUACGACGCAGCUAUGCAAAGCUCUGGCUUGCUGUGCUAGAUGCGGAUGAAGCGGGCAUGCGCAAGUAUGCAUAUGAAGUUGCGGGUAUCAAGGAUGAACACUUUCCGCUUUUUGCAUCGGCCAUUACGGGCAGGGAUUACACGGUGUUGGCUAAGAAGGAGAAUGGAGGUGGGGGUGUCAUGACAUCGAGGACAAGCGAGGAGAAGAAGGUGAUUGGAGAUGCGCUGGGAGAAGGGCUGAUUGAGAAUCUGAUUGAGCUGCUGGGUCAAGUACCGAGAGUCAUUUUGCUGAUUCUCAAGACGAACGAUUUGACACGCUCGCUUGACGAGGGCCUGCACACGCGCCAGGGACCGGUGCGCACGUUUCUUAUUCUUGCGCGGUACGCAUCUCGUACGGUGUAUGAGGAGUGCUUGGACAAGCUCGGGGGAUCUAUACUGUGGCCCAGCAACUUUUUGUACUGGCUAGCGGCAUGGACGAGGUACAUGAGGGUGGAGAUGCAGCUGAGUGGAUACGAGACGUAUCUCAAGUUCCGGGCGUUGCUGGGCAUGAGGAAGAUGGAGAUUGGGGAUAGUUUCAGGGAGUAG